AUCCACACUGGUCGGGAGUAAGAAAGGCUACUUUGUAAAUAAUUCCACUGAGUGGGAGGGUCAUGCAGGCCGGUCUUGUAUAUAUCGCUGUAAAAGUCAUGCCUCUUUCAUCCAAGUCAGCAUCACGGAUAUUUUCGUUCCACUCCGCUUUUGAAGUCACCAGUAACUCCUCGUGGGACUGAACGCAAGGUAAUGAACUUGUGUGUCUGCUGCAUAAAAAUAUGAUGUCAGUUUCAAAUCCCUGACCUCCUCUUUAAUCAGAAUCUGUGCAUUUUAAUGACUGUGCUUCUUUAAAUGCACAGUAGGCAGCCGAAAAACAACAUUAUGAACAUUAACUGCUUAACUGCAACGAUAAUGGGACAUCUGGCUAAACAAACCACAUUUUUUUAGUUAAGCAUUACCCUCAAUAUGCUAUCUCAGCAAGUGAGAUCCGCCGAUACGAAUGCUUAAGUUUAGUCAAAAGUACUUUGACCGCACAGGCUUCCUCCCCACUCACCUCCUGCCUGUUGAGGUAGAUGCCACAAGGGAUUAGGAGAGCUCAAAUCCCCUGAUUGGAGAUGAGAAGGUAAAUGCUGCCUCUCAAAGUGUGCAGCCUCCUUCCCGAAUAAGUCAUAAAAGCUGCUUUGUCCUCCCCCAUGUCAUGAACUCACCGGGCCAUUAGAGCGGCAGGCUCACACCUUUAUGUUGAGAUGGAGAUACAGCUGCUUCACAGCAAGCAGACAAACUCUACAACAUAGCUGUAGUAAUAAGACCACAGGCUUGUUUUUAAGCAGCACAAGAAUGUAAGCACCCUUUGAGAAGAUACAGUUAUUGUUUUGUUCAUAUAUCCCGGAUACCGAGCACUAAAAAAGUAUUUCUUGGUGUUCCUUUUGCUUAGAUAUGCUUUACAGGUUUCUUUUAGUGAAGAGCAAACUUAUAGACAAAUUAUCUUGAUAAUAUGAUCGCAAGACAAGAAAUAAAAAAUAGAAAUCUGUAGAAAACCCUCAAAGAUUAGAAGAGAUGUAUCCAAUUUUUGACUGUAUAUUAAAGUAAAUAUAGGAAAACGCUAUCACAUCUUUGUUUUCUCACUGUGCCUUAACUUUCAUUUGAUUUAAUUUGAUUUUAACAGUAGUUGAUUAAAGGCAGGCCUGAAAGGCACUGCUGCUGUGAGAACACAUCUAACACAUAAAGCUUUUGGACUCUUCAGAAAUAUUCAAAGAAGUAAUUGUGUGGUGAAUUAAGGCUUAAAGUGCAAUCCUGAAGCCGGGGCGUGGAUUUCUGCGCUGGGGGUGGCAUUCUGGAAAUCUCAGCACAUCUACGAGGUACAAGAUCACACCAAAGAGAAGUAUGUCGUGCAGCAUAGUGAAGUCCUUUCUGGUGAGCCUAUCCCGGAGGAAGCCCCUCGAGCCCGACGGGGAAGAGUCCACCUUCAAUCGAUGCCUGACCACUCUGGACUUGGUGGCCCUCGGUGUGGGCAGCACCCUGGGGGCUGGUGUCUAUGUCCUCUCUGGAGAGGUGGCCAGAGAAACAGCGGGACCCAGCAUCAUCAUCUCCUUCUUCAUCGCUGCCCUGGCCUCUAUAUUUGCUGGGCUAUGCUACGCAGAGUUUGGUGCCCGGGUUCCUAAAACAGGCUCAGCAUACCUUUACAGCUAUGUGACGGUGGGAGAGCUCCUUGCUUUUAUCUCUGGCUGGAAUCUGCUGCUCUCCUACGUCAUAGGGACAUCGACUGUUGCACUGGCAUGGAGUGGAACAUUUGAUGAACUCAUUGGGGGAGUCAUAUCAAAAUACUUUGCAGAAAAUGCUGCUAUGGGCCUGCCUGGCUUAGCACCUUACCCUGAUGUCUUUGCAGCAGCUCUGAUCGUGCUCUUGUCAGGUCUCCUGUCUUUUGGAGUGAAAGAGUCAACGAUGAUCAACAAGAUCUUCACAGCGAUCAACAUCCUGGUGCUGCUGUUUGUGACCAUUUCUGGAUUCAUCAAGGGGGACAUCUCCAACUGGAAAAUCAGCAAAGAGGAUUUGCUAAACACCACUGCCAUAAACGCAACUGACAUCGCUAAUGCAACAAGCGAGUUUGGAGUGGGUGGAUUUUUCCCUUAUGGCUUUGGUGGAACCGUGGCUGGAGCUGCAACAUGCUUCUAUGCUUUUGUUGGAUUUGACUGCAUUGCUACAACAGGAGAGGAGGUGAAGAACCCCAAGAAGUCUGUCCCUAUUAGCAUUGUGGCCUCAUUGCUUAUAUGUUUCCUGGCCUACUUUGCUGUGUCUGCUGCUCUCACCCUCAUGAUGCCCUACUACCUGCUAAGUAAAACAAGCCCACUGCCACUGGCCUUUGACUACGUUGGAUGGGGUCCUGCCAAAUAUGCUGUGGCUGUGGGUUCACUGUGUGCCCUGUCAACUAGUCUGCUGGGUUCCAUGUUCCCGAUGCCUCGAGUACUUUUUGCCAUGGCGAGAGACGGGCUGCUUUUCAAACCGUUGUCCAAAGUCACCUCCAGAGGCAGUCCAGCAAUAGCUACCAUAUCAUCUGGCAUUGUGGCAGCCAUCAUGGCUCUACUGUUUGACCUGAAUGCCUUGGUGGAACUGAUGUCCAUUGGUACUCUGUUUGCUUACACACUCGUGGCAGUAUGCAUCCUGAUACUGAGGUACCAGGUGGGUUCAUCUGAAGACACGGACCUUAAGAUCACAGAACCACAAAAAAGGUUUAGCUUCUUCAAACCUCCAAAAACACCCAACUCUUCCACGGCACGAACAGUCACACUCUUGACCGUAUUCUCUGUUCUGUGCAUUCUUGCACUGUGCAUUACUCUGAGCCAAGGCAUGGAAGCUCUUGCCAACACUCAAGCAUGGAGCAUCGUGCUUGUCUGUAUCUUUGGAGUGCUCCUGCUGGUCAACUUGUUCCUCAUCUGGAGACACCCAGAGAAUCCCACAAAGGCGUCAUUCAUGGUACCCUUAAUCCCUCUUCUGCCUUUACUGAGUACUUUAAUCAAUGUCUAUCUGAUGGUGCAGUUAGGCGGUCAAACAUGGAUACGAUAUGCUGUCUGGAUGCUAAUAGGGUUACUUAUCUAUUUUAUCUACGGAAUGCGUAACAGCGUCCAGAGGAAGCGACUCAUGACCAACCACGCAGAGAUCGAAACAGUCAGCGGCAAAACAGACAAGGAUAGCAUUAAAGAAGAGAAAUUCUGAGCUCAAGCGGGGUGAAGACAGAUAAACUGAGAUGUUACAGUGAGCGACUUGCUUUAACUUAUAACCACUGCUUGAGAUGCACUGGUGCUGCUGCUUUUCUGCAGACUUCAACCUACGACAGCACCGAAGCAAAUGGCCAGAUAACUUAACUUGAUGGUUUAUUACAUCCUAACACACUCUGUUUGUUAUCUAAACGGUCCAAAAUGAAACACUCCCUAAGAUAUAUUUGGACCUUGAAUAUCUUCACUUAUCACUGAUUUUCACAUUGUUGUUAACGAUAUUUAUCUGUAUAUCUUGUCGUAUUAGUGAGCCUGUUCCAAAGAAAAAAUAUUCUGUAGAUUAUUUGCUUUUUAUAAUUCUGAAAUAACAGGUUUACACUUUUCUUAUCAAGUGCAAAAUGUAAAUUAUUUUUAUUUCAGUUUUAUAUUAUUUUAAUUUUAUUUUAAUAUAUUUUUUUAAAUGUGCAGAAUUCGCCUGAAGACGUUAUAUUUUACAGAGCUGAUACAGAAAACCUUUUAUGGGAUUUUAUCUUCCAUGUGUAAAUAUGGAAACUGCAUGUGAUUGUUAACUAAACGACUGCCACUGUACACUUGAAUUAAAAAUUAAAUGAUUCGCUUUUGUAAAACA